AUGGAAUCUGAGGUCUCGCUGGAGACCGAGCAGCAGUUCUGGGAUGAACUCCAAGCGAUAGUCUCCAAACCGUGCGGCACAGAGGAUCUUAUUGAUGACGCUCUGCGCGCUUAUUUGGGUCUUACGACGCAGUAUAAAGACGGCGAAGAUGAAUACCUUAAUUCAGAGUAUAAUAUCUCGCGCUGCUCCUACAAGCUCUUCGCAUCGAGCAUCUUCGCCGCGCACGCCGAUUAUGUCCGCCGCCAGAUUAUCUACGGCCUCCUACAGGAAGAUGACUCGAACAUCCUACACCUAAUUGCGUCGUUCCUUCUCUUCGACGGUCGACAAAAUGAACUGGCCUUCCAGAUGAUGAACGAGGAGGGCGUGUUCGCGCGUCUCCUCGAGCUGAUCCAGGCGCUGCGCAGGGAUGAGAUGGACGGUGGAGCGGGUCUUCACCGGCUGCUAAUGGAUUUGUUGUAUGAGAUGUCGAGGAUUCAGAGGGUGAAGAUUGAGGAUUUGGUUCUCGUGGACGACGACUUUAUUCGCUGUUUGUUUGAUCUCAUCGAGAAUCUUUCCUACGACGUUUCCGAUCCAUAUCAUUAUCCUGUCAUCCGGGUUCUGCUGGUCCUGAAUGAGCAGUUUAUGAUCUCGGCGCACAAUCCGGCGGACAAUGAGCAGACCUCGAAUCAGUUGACCAACAAGGUGAUCAAGAUUCUCUCCGUGUAUGGCGGGAUGUACAAGACUUUCGGGGAGAAUAUCAUUCUCUUGAUCAACCGAGAAGCGGAGACGUCACUGCAGCUGCUUACGUUGAAGCUCCUUUACCUCAUUUUCACCACUCCCAGCACCUACGAAUACUUCUUCACUAAUGACCUUCAUGUCUUGGUCGAUAUUCUAAUCCGGAACCUACUUGAUCUGCCCGAAGAGGCCGCUGCGCUGCGACAUACCUAUCUGCGCGUUCUGUACCCGCUCCUAGCGCAUACACAGCUGCGCCAACCACCGCAUUAUAAGCGCGAGGAACUUCGAAGACUGCUGAGCAUUCUCGGCCGCAGCCAGAACUCGGAUGGUAACGAAGCGGAGCACGAGAGGAUUCUUCACUUUGAAGAUGUCGAUGAUACCACUCGGCGACUCGUUUCUCGAUGUGCAACGGUCGAAUGGCUUCGCAACGUGGAGUCGCAUGACAAUGCUCAGGAGCUCUCCGGCCAACCGUCUACAAUCGAUGCAGUGCUUGACGAGGCCGUCCAGACUGCUGAGGUCGAAACACCAACUGAUAUUGGCGAGUCGCUGGAAGUAGCCCGGACGCUCUCGCGCACAAGCACCACCGCCAGUUCACCAGACACUGUCUCACCAACGCGGAUGGACUCGCGAGGCUCAUCCGCUCCUCCAGGGCACGAACGCAAAUUGAGCGUCGCGCAGCGCCUCGGCAUGAACCUCGAGUCCGCAAGGUCAUCCUCAUUAAGUGUGCAAGCCGUAGCAACGCAUCGCGAGAAACCAGGCAUCAUCACACCUAGCCGCAAAGACGCUGCCCACGCAGCCACGGAUGCAAAUGUCCCCACCAUCCGCGCCCCCAAAAUCAAGCCAGAGCCACCUAAAUCCCGCCGGUGGCGGGGCCGUCGCCUCGCCGUUGAUGAUGACGAGCAGGAGCCUCGCUCUGCCGGGACAAGCAGUGACCGCAACACGAUCCCCGAGGGGGUGGAGGUCAAUCCUACGGUUACGCUCACACCAACAACCCCAUCCUCAUCCUCUCAACCCGGCGUGCGGCGCAACUCAACUACAACAUCGAACCUCGUCCCUCCCGUCCCCGAGCACGCUCGGCGCUCUGCGUCGAACCCUCCCCCCGCUGUCCCCCCACCCCGUCGAUCUGCGCAACAUACCCCGUCACCAAGCCAUCACCGUCCCGCACCGCCUCCACCUAAGACCCGGCGCGCCGGACGAGCGAAGACACUGACUACGCCCACGGACUCGGGUGAGACUGGUGGGCGCAGCGCUAGUGUUCCGAAUGAGGCGCACGCCAUAGCUUCUGCUUCUACGUGUGCUGCUACCCAACAAGGUUCUGGCACUGGACAGUCCCCCGAAAAAGAGGGGAUUGAGUUUUCGGAUCCGUCCCAUCCUACCUCGCCGACCUUGUUGAUAUCACCGGCUGAGAAUAGUGCGGAUCACGCGCAUAGUCAAGACGGCGCUGCACCACCUGUGAGCGUUGAGGAAGCGGUGCAGAAAGUAUCACUGCAGUGA